GUCAGACGGGUGGACGGCACGGCAUAGCAUAGCAUAGCAUUGCAUUGCAGUUAAGCAAUAGUGCAUAAUUUGAUUGUGUGCGCCUAAAAGUAGGCCUACAAAGCGAAACGCAAAGCGGCACAACGUAACGCAUACAAGACGUACAAAACGGGCCCAGCGACGAGAUAGUAUUUAGUGAAAGCGCCAAGGAAUCAUGAAUUUCAUUGGUGGUGAUGGCGGUGAUGAUGGUGACGAUAAGGAAAAGGCAGAGGAGGAGGAGAGGGAGCGUCAGGAGGCCAUACGCGAGGCCGAAGAACGACGAAAGGAGAAGCAUCGUAAGAUGGAAGAGGAGCGCGAAAAGAUGAGACAAGAUAUUCGUGAUAAGUACAACAUCAAGAAAAAGGAAGAAGUUGUAGAAGCCGCGCCCCAAGAAGAACCCAAUCCGCUGAUGCGAAAGAAGAAGACCCCCGAGGAGUUGGCUGCCGAAGCGGAACAAGAAGAGUUAGACGAUUUUACAAAACUGAAAAAUCAAAUAGAAACGCAAGUAAAUGAGCUAAAAACUCAAAUAGAGGGAAAAUGUGUCAUGCAGUGAUAUGUCAUCAUAUGAUUAUAAAAACAAAAGUAUACCUACAUAUAUAUAUAUAUAUAUAUAUAAAUAUAUAUAAACAACAACAAACACAAAUAAAUGCAGAAAUGCAUAUGCAGAAGAUAUAUAACAGAGCAUAAUUGAAUUCUAUAAUUCAGAGUAUAAUUCAUAACGGUAAAAAUGCAAAUGAAACUAAUAAUCAAUAAAUAAAAGAAAAUAAAAAAAAUAAAAAACAAUAACAAAACAAUUCCUACCAAAAUUUACCAUUUCCCGAAAAAGCAAAAUUAUAUAUACAUACAUACUCAAACAACAACAACCACAACUGCAGAGGAAGGAAAACGACAAUGACCCCAAACAAGAAACCACAAAAAAAAACGAUGAAAGAGAUGAAAAAGAAGAGAAACUCGAAGACAUACAACAAAAAUGCUGACAGCAAAUGAAAUUAUAUAUUAGCGUAUAAAUAUAUACACAUAUAACAACAUAUAGCAAAUAAAUGAAUUGCAUACUUAUAUACAACCAACAACAAAAAAAAAAACAAAAAUCAACAACAAAAACAAAAAGUAUAUACCAUAUAAAUGACAUGAAAAAUUAUUAAUUAAUUAAUUAAAAAGUCAUUAAAUAAAUUAGUAAUUUAUCAAAAUAUUAUUUCAACAACAAAUAACACUUUACAUUUACGAAAAAUAUAUAUACAAAAAUAUAGUAAAUAACAAAAACAAAACAAAUAAGUAAUUUCAAAUAAAAAAUACAAACAAUAAACCUGCUUACAAAUGCAUAUAUAAAUAUAAAUUACAUGGUAAUCAAUUCGACGUAUUUGAAUAAUGUACAUAACUACAUAAAGCAAAAACAAAAAAACGAAAAUCAAACGAAAAAAAUGAAAGGACACAAAGCAAACAGCUAUGCUACACAAAUGAGCUAACCAAAUACAUUUAAAAACAAGUACUUACACCAACAAGCCACAACACAAUUUACCAAAAAGUCAACAAAAAAAAAAAAAAACUAUGUUAUAAGCAAAGACAUACUGUAUGAUUUACGCCCCGAUACUCUACGCCAGAACUUACAAAAUGAAAAAAAAAAAAACCAACCAAAAAGACAAGAACAACUUAUACACGAACCAACCACAA